UACAUAUUAAUUGUUAUUACUUCGUUUUAAUCUGAAUGCAGUUGGAAAAGAUGCAUCGGGUAGGUCGUUUCACGAAGAAAGCCCGUGUAGACACAGCAUGUCAGCAGCCUCAAGUGGGAGGUCAUGUGGCUUCAACUUCGCAGAGAGCAGACUACCCAAUUCCGCCGCCCAGUGGCAGUAGUGCCCCCAUAUCCUCGUCUUUACGCCCCUUUCGUCCGCCCCGAACCGAACCACUGCCUGCUCCACAGGCUUCCAUGAAUGAUGUUCAAAACUCGGAGCCGGACGCCGAAGAGGUAGACCCAGAGGCAGAUGAGGUAGAUUCUUUUGACCAAUAUGUGGAUAACUUUUUUGCUGCACAGGAUGCUCAGAAGCGCAAGGGACGUAAGAACACAGAAUUUUGGGAUGUUAAAACAAUUGAAUCCGAUGGCACAAUCAAACAUGUCAAACUGAGUGUGAAGGAAGCUAUGAAGCCACCUAACGGAAGAAAGGUCGUACUCAGGUUUAACAGUGCACUGCAACUAGUUGGGGAUGAAGCAGGUCUACUGAGCGGCGUUAUGAGACUGCUAGGAUCUGACUACACCAAAUUCUCAAUCUGCGAGAGGGACUGGAGAAAGGUUCGCACCAGGGACAAGGUCUAUAAUGAAAUAGUAAAGGAAAUGUUCCAUUUUAAAGAAGAUAGUAGAGGAAUUAUAAAGCGUAUAAUAUUCAAAAUGCUAGAAAGGUCUUGGAAGGAAACGAGGAAUAGAUUAUACCAUCACUGCUAUGACCCCGAACUUUCACUUGCAGAAAAUAUUGAAAACCGCCAAGAUGGAAUUACUGUGGACCAUUGGAGAAAGUUUUUCGAUUAUCGCAAUAGCGAAGAGACACAGGAGAAGUGUAAGAAAAAUGCCGAGAAUCGAUCAAAGCAGCUUUACACCCACACCGGCAGAUCAAAAAGCUUGGCAAGGCUCGGAGAAGAAGAGGCAAUCUAAUUUUGGGAAUGUUUUUGAACUAUCUGUUCCUCUACCUUAUUCACUUUAUCAUCAUUAUUGGUACAGUCGGAACGACAAGGGAGGAUAGUUAGUAGAGGAGAGUUGUAUCUCUUAACGCACAAAAGAACUAAUGGCUCCUAUAUCCAUGAUGCAGCUCGCGCUAUUGGAGAAAGAAAGAAUUGAGGCUAUUGAGCAAGGCGAUGAAUCUUCUAGACUGUUAUCUCAGAAUGAUUCGCUUGCUCAAGCUCUCGGAAAAGAGCGCCCGGGUAGAGUGCGUGGCAUGGGGUUGGGACCGACUUCUAGUUAAGUCUUCGGUAUGAAUUUCCAUCAGCCGAGCAACGGUUUUGAAAGGGAGGUGACCCAAAGGGUGCUGCUUGAACUACAAGCAGAGUUGGCAGCAGAGAAAUUGAAAAGGAAGGCAGUGGAGGAUGAAGUAGCAGCUGGGAAGGUCAGGAUGCAGGCAAUGGAGAGUGCUUUGUUAUGUCUACUUCAAGGGCAAGGUAGGAAGCUGCCAUCAGACGUCGCCACAUGGAUGAGUGCGUUGGAGGGACAGAAUAGAAAGUAGAUCUUAGGAUUGUGGAACCUUUUCUUCUUUCAGAUAUACACUUUUAUUUUGUUGAUUAUGCAACUCUUAGUAAGGAGUACACUUUGUUGAUAUUCGGAUAAUUAUAUUAAUUAAAUUAAUGGUUUUGCUA